CUUCUGACGGAGAGGCAGGCCGAACUCUAGCGGCCAAACUCUCCUGCAGCUCCUCUCCAGCCGCCGUCCCUGAGUGAAACCCCCUCGGUCAGUUGCUGCUCCCCGGCUUCGCUUCUCCCCCCUCCUCUCCUCUCUUCGUUUGAGUUGUUUUUGUUAGGUCUGUGUUCCUGUGAGCAUGCAAAGCAACGAGCAACACCGAAACAAGAUUGCUGCGCCAACAUGGACGAAUGGGCUACUUUUAUUUUUUUACAAAUGCACUUUAUAUUUACUCAUAUUUAGUCUGGGACUGAAGAGGAGCGACACGGCACCGGUGGAGCCUGAUGAUUUUGCUUUCUUCCUUGAGGGCACUAAUAAGUGCCUCGGGGUGCUGGGUAACUCUCUGAGCCUGACGCCAUCCUGUGAGGAACCCUACCAAAGAUGGAAGUGGGUGUCUCGGGGCCGCCUGUUCAACCUGGGUGCCUCUUUGUGCCUGGGUUUGAACACGGGAAAUGUCACAUACAGUUUCCAUGAUCCUCCAAUGGCAGUGUAUACAUGUGAUCGAGAGCCCCCCAGAGUAGAGUGGACCUGGAACUGCGAUGAGGUCCUGGAUAAGCUCAACAGCCUCAUUCAAUCCCAAGCAUCCUGGAACGGGUCAGCUAUCUCAACCUCAGCCAAAUGGAGAUUGUAUGGUGAUGAGCAGGAUCUCUGCUCUAAAACUUAUCAAGAGAUCUACACAAUCCAGGGGAAUUCUUAUGGCCGACCCUGCUACCUUCCCUUCAUGUAUGAGGGCAAGUGGUUUCACGACUGCACAAGCACUGGGCGAGAAGAUGGCCACCUUUGGUGCGCCACCACCUAUAACUAUGACAGAGACCAACUCUGGGGAUUCUGUCCUGUGAAGGGCAGCAGCUGUGAGACAUUCUGGGAUACUGACCCUGUAACAGACAGAUGUUAUCAGUUUAACUUCCAAGCUACUCUGUCCUGGAGUGAGGCUCGGAUCAGUUGCCAGCAGCAGGGAGCAGACCUGUUAAGCAUCAGCAAGCUACAUGAACAGACCUACAUCAAUGGUAUUCUGAACGCUUACAGCUCUGCGUUAUGGAUCGGUCUCAAUGACUUGGACCUCAGUGGAGGCUGGCAGUGGUCCGACUCCUCACCAGUCAAAUAUCUAAACUGGGAUCCAGACCAGCCGAGUCACGCAGAGGAGGAGAAUUGCGUCGUGGUCAAAUCUGAGUCAUUGGGACGUUGGCAGAACCGAGAUUGUUCUGAUGCUCUGCCGUACGCCUGUAAGAAGAGGCCCAACGCCACACUGGAUCCUUUCACUACAGAUUCAUGGGCAGAUGAUCACAAAUAUGAGUGUGAUGUGGGCUGGCAGUCCUUCCAGGCUGGAUGCUACAAGCUCUCCUCAGAGAAGAGUGAGUGGAAUGCAGCUCAGAGAGCAUGCCAGAAGAUGGAUGCCAACUUGGUCAGCAUCCAUACUCUACCUGAGCUGGAGUUCAUCAUUCGCAGCCUUAAGAAAGACCUCGACCAGUUGUGGAUAGGGCUCCAUGACACUGACAUGCAAAUGGACUUCCAGUGGACCGACCACACGCCCGUUAUCUUCACCUUCUGGCACCCGUUUGAACCCAACAACUUCCGCAACACCCAGGAAGAUUGCGUCUCAAUGUGGGGCCCUGACGGCCGUUGGGACGACAGCCCCUGUAAUCUGACUCUGCCCUUCAUCUGCAAGAAACAAGGAACAAAGAGUGACGGGAAGCCACAAAACCAAGAGUGCAAACAGGGUUGGAAAUGGCACAGUCCAGCUUGUUACUGGGUCGGAGAAUACUUGUCCAUUUUUGAUGAGGCCAGAAAAUCCUGUGAGGCACAGGAAUCCGCCCUUGUUACUAUUACAAACAGAUUCGAGCAGGCAUUCGCCAACAGCCUGGUGUUUGGCCGUUCUGGAGAGUCAUUUUGGAUCGGGCUCAAUGACCAGGUUACUCACGGGUCUUUUCGCUGGCUGAGUGGAGAUGAAGUGUCCUACACCCACUGGAAUCGAGACCAGCCGGCGAACAUCCACGGUGGCUGUGUUGCUAUGGCAACAGGCUCCGCGACCGGUCUGUGGGAGGUGAAGGAGUGUGCCUCGGCAAAGGCGAAGUUCAUCUGUCGCCAGAACCAGGACACAUCUCUGAGCCCUGAACCUCCUGCCCCACAGCCCACCCCGAGCCUCAGCGGUGCUUGUCCCAAUGGCUGGAAGAGCAACAGCAACCUGCGCUACUGUUACAAGGUCUUUCACUCCUCCUACUUGGAGCAGAAGCAGAAGUGGCUGGAUGCUCACCUGUUCUGCCGGGAAUACGGAGCCAACCUGCUGAGCAUCAGCAGCCCUGAUGAGGAGCAGUUUGUCCUUCAGGUCCUCCACGAGACAUUUGGAGAGUCAGAGGAGCAUGAGCAGCACUGGUUUUGGAUCGGUCUGAACCGCAGGAAUCCCAUGGAUAACGGCAGUUGGAAGUGGAGCGAUGGACUGCCUCUAACAUACCGGAACUUUGGCCGCUACUACUACAACAUCCGGCAGUGUGCUGCAGCAGAUUUGGGCACUAUGACCUGGCUGGCCAUGCACUGUGACUCCAAGUUAGACUGGAUCUGCAAGAUUCCCAGAGGAAGUGUGGAGAUGGUACCAGAAGUAACAGAAGGGCCCACAUCUCCAGAGUGGAUCACCUUCCAGGAGGCAGAGUAUAAGUUUUUUGACCAUCGCACCACUUGGGAGCAGGCCCAGAGGAUCUGCUCCUGGUUUGAUUCUUCACUCACCUCGAUCCACUCAGCUGAGGAGCAGGUUUUUCUGGCCAACACUUUAAGCAAGAUGGUAAAGUCAGGGGGGGACAGCUGGUGGCUCGGGCUUCACACCUAUGAAAAUGACGGGCGUUUUCGCUGGUCCGAUCACUCUGUGCUCAAUUACGUUUCAUGGGGGCUCGGCAGGCCACAAGCGGUCAGCCGCGAUCGCAAGUGUAUCCACAUGUUAGCGAGCAAAGGAGACUGGGCGGAUCAGAAGUGUCACUCUGACCUGCCGUACAUCUGUAAGAGGGUGAACGUGACAGGGACUAUCCCUCCGACGCCAUCAACUCCUCACCCACCUUCAGGCUGUACUAAUGGGUGGUCAUCUUUUCAGCAUAAGGUGCAUCUGCAGUGUUUGAAAGUAUUUGAGUCACCUCGGGUCACAUGGUCUGCAGCCAAGUUGAAAUGUGAAAGCCAGCGAGGCAUGCUGGCUCUGGUAUCCAAUCAUUUAGAUCAAGCUUUUAUCACCACCCUGUUAAAGAACGUCAGCACUGACCUCUGGGUGGGUCUGACCUCAGACUCCAAGGGCCACUUCAAGUGGACCAAAACUGCCCUGCUCAGUUACACCAACUGGGCACCAGGAGAGCCAAUCGACAACAGUGGACCACAUCACAACAAGACACCGGGAAACUGUGCGGUGAUGAUUCACGGCAACCCGGAGAGGAAAACUGGGAUGUGGGCCUCCCGAGCCUGUGAGAUGGAGAACAAUGGCUUCAUCUGUCAAAAGCAGCCAGAUCGGGGCCUGCCUCCUGCUCCGAUCCUCAUUCCUGCCUCCCUGUCAAAGCCGGUGGAGCUAGGAGGAGUGACCUAUCGGGUUGUGCAGAAGCGGCUUGACUGGACUGGUGCUCUGUACCUCUGUGAAUCUUUGAACGGGACCCUUGUAGUAGUGAAGGAUCCCUACCAGCAGGCCUAUCUGAUGCUGCUUAUCAACAGCUUGCGCCAGCCAGCCUGGAUUUCUCUCUAUAACUAUGGCGGACGAAGCUUUACGUGGCUAGGUGAUGAAGAGGUGAAAUACUCAAACUGGAAAGACGGAGAGCCCAAUCAGAUGGCUGGAUGUGGUCACAUGAUCACUACAGGAGAGUGGACUAUGACUCCCUGUGAUGCUAAACUGGAGGCUGCUAUAUGUCAAAUAAGUGAUGAGCCUGUGAGCCAUCAGUGGAUCUACCCUGGACUGUGCCCCCACUCUAUUGGAGAGUGGGCCUGGGUCCCCUUCAGGAACCACUGCUAUGCCUUUAACCUGCAGCUUCUUAAGCUGCAACAGGAUGCACUCACAUCCUGCAAAAAAAUGGGAGCAGAACUACUCUCCAUCCUGGAUGAGGCAGAGAACAGCUUUAUAUGGGCGCAUAUACAAAGUUAUGCAGAACAGGCGCAUGGAGCUUGGCUAGGCAUCAGCGUAAAAGAGAGGCGCCUUGUGUGGAACGAAGACACAGAGAUGCCGUUCACCAACUGGGAAGCACGCAAUGUCGCAUUCUCAGUGCUUUCGAUCAAUUCCUGCUUUUGGAUCCAGAGCAACAGCGGUCGGUGGAAACCCGGCUCCUGCAGAAAUCUUACGCAUGGGGUGAUCUGCAAACGGCCUCGCAGUGCUGAAACAUCCUCCGCAACAUUGGAUGUUGACCACCUGCCCACUCUGAUUGUCGUCAUUGUGACGGCUUUGGUGCUGGUUCUGCUGAUAGCCACUGUCAUCUACCUGUACCGGCGGCGAACUGCAGGGUCGCAUGGUUCAUUUGAGGGGGCUCGGUACAGCCGCACCAACUCGGGCCACGGCGAGCAGGCCGAGAAGAACAUCUUGGUGUCCGACAUGGAGCUGAACGAGCAGCCGGAGUAGCUCUGCACCAACCCUGGACCAAACCCGAUCUCGAACCGGAGAGACUUAGAUUCUGAUACACUUUUUCUUACUUUUUUAAACCAAAGCGUUUUUUUGUUGCUGAAUAGCUGUGUAGAGCACAGCAGAUGUUUCUAUUUUUAAUUGAAUCUCCAGUUUUGAAAAAAAAAGUACUAAUCAGAUACAUCCAUCUGCUUCUUCCAAAACGCAUAAGCAAGAUACAAUUGAUCUACUGUGAACAGUUUAAUUGCAGCUGAGAAAUAUUCAGCACAAAACCAGUCUUAUGAAAUUACCUCUUGCCUGUUUCCAAAAUCAGUUUUAGCAUACAGAGUUCUCCUGGCUUGCUCCCAUUCUGACUGAAAGACUAAAAUCCACUUUGUUUUCAUUGUCUGUUGCCACAUAUUUUCCUUAAGGACCACAUUCCUCUGUAAGAUUCCCCGUGUUGUCAUGUCAGUAUUAACCCAAACUUGAACGCAUUUUUUGUUUGUUUUGUUUGAUUUAUGGUUAUCUGUGCAGCUGUAGAGAAGCAUAAGGCAUGAUGCAUGUGGGUGGUAUUCAUGAGCCUGCCUCUUCUCCGAUCUGACACGUCAGCAAGGGCUGUCAGGCUAGCGGCGGAGGAGGAAGAAAGAAGUCCAGAUGUGAACGUGUUAAAAGUGUAAAAGGGACUGCUGAGCUCAAACUGUCUGUGAGGACGAACACUAUAAUUGUGCACAUAAGUAGGAGUUUGCAUUGAAAGUUGGUCUUCAAAUGGACAUGUCUUUUUUUAGUGCAGCCAGACCCAGGGGGGUUGUUUUGAUGCACGAUCGGAUUUUGGAGCCACCAAAUCCAUAUUGUUGUGGUUUUGCCUUUAGUCUUAAUCACAGGCGAGCAGUUUCAUCUCUAUGAUUCCUAACUUUUGUUUGUCUUGGCUCUUUGUGCCACCAUCUGGAGCUGAUUCAGCAGUUUUCGAGCACAGUCAUUGUGUCUGCACGCAUCUUUUUAUAGUGGGGUUUGUAAUUUGAAAGCUGGAUGAUGCAACGUGUUUUUAAGACCUCCGGUUCACGUCUAUGUAUGUUGCAUCAUCUCAGUUUUUGUCCCGAAGAUGCACAUUAUGUUCUACUUUUCUGCAACAAUUGCCAACUCUUAAUCUCUUCGACCGCCUGCAAGAGAAAACAUCUUUAAUGUUGUAAAUACAUGUUUCAGUGCCAAAGAGUUUUUAAAGCCAAAUUUAGAAACUUGCCAUCUCUACUGUGUUUUUGACAUCCUCAGAUUUCAUACAUUCUCCUUUAGCCUUCAGAGUAUGUUUCUCUCCCUCUCUCUCCUUGCAGGAAUGCUUUGGAGCCAUUUCAGUCUGAGGUUUUUGGUGUUUCACUAAGCUGCUGUGAAAAGCAGGGAGAGAAACAAACUAGGAUUGAGGGGGAAGGGAGGAAGAGAGGUGUGUGUGAUGUGCGUACGUGGUCUCCAGCUGUGGUAUGUUGAGUCGGCAAGAAGAGCUCAGUGACGCGUCUGGAACCAAUCAGAGAAGGAGAGCUUAGGGACACGAAGGGUCAGAAUGGCCAGUACGGAGGGGGGGACGGGGGCUAAAAUAAAAGGGAAAAGCAGGAUGGGGGAGAAAAGGGAGUAAAUGGAGGAGUGCAAGGAGAAGUCAAGAUGUAGGUGGAGAAAAGGAAGAGUUUAUCAGAGACAGCUUGUCUUCUGCUGGUGGAUUCAUGUACAGGUCGCAGCAGCUGGGAGGGUUUAAUGAUGCAAUAGUGCACUCGCUUUGCUCCACAUUGUCUGUGAAAAAGGUCUGGUGUCCCUGUGGAUAAACCCAAAGGACCUGUUGGAAUGCCUAAGAAUUUCUGUGACAUUUUUAUAAGCAAUUAAUAAAGUUUAUGUCCUCAGA